AUGCUCAAGCUAGCACUCAGUCACGCCUCGCGCCCAGCUCGCUUACCGGUCGUCUUUCGAGGGAUCCACUUUUCCGCCCCUCUCCUCGUUGGCCCGUCCGCGCUGGAAGCUCGCCUGCGUGAUGGUCUGAAAUCCGCAAUGAAGGCCCGGGACAAGCAGGCUGCGACGGCUAUCAAGGCGAGUCUGACACGCCUCCGGUUAUCAUCGGAUGCUACGAAUGCCGCCAAAGCUGGACCGAGCCCGAACGAGCCAGCAACGGAAUCCGCAGUGAUCACUGCUCUUCGCAAGGGGAUAGACAAGCGGAAAGAAGCCGCCGAGAUCUACGCACCCACCUCUCCCUCCCCAUCCCCAGAGCAACACACCACACUAACAUCCGAGAUCGACCUUCUCUCCGCCUAUCUCCCUCAAUCUCCGUCCGCCGAGUCAUUAUCAGCCCUAGUGGACGAAGUCAUCAGCUCAUUAUCUGCCGAAGUGCGCGCUGGGAAGGGAGCGAUGGGGCCGGUAAUGAAGGGGAUCUUGGAGAAGUUAGGGGAAGCGGCCGGGGUGGUGGAUCGGAAAGAGAUCGGGCGACUCGUACAGGAGGCUCUCAAGCGAUAG